GUGAUCUCACGUUUCGAGCAAGAGAAGCGUGAUGCAACUCGACACGUCCAAGGACGGCGGCACCCGCGCCGACGAUGCGCAUGUCGGCGACGACGUUCAGUUGACGAUCGCUGAGGAGCCUUACUGCUACUUGUGCCUCGAUUCAACCCACGGCGCGGUGUUUUCUCCCACCGAGCUGAUCGCACCGUGCAUGUGCCAGUCGUACAUUCACCGGCAGUGCUUGGACCAUUGGCGCGCCACGUCCAACACACUGCAUGCGAUGACGCACUGCCCGACGUGUCGAACACCGUAUGAGACUCAAAAUGUCCAAGUGGACGAUGGACUGCAACAACAAAUCCUUCGCGAACGGGUAUGGCGCCUCGGGCUCACGCUUGGAGUUGUCUUUCUCGGGAGUCUGCUCAUCUGGCUCGCCGACGAAGGGACGCCCAAGGCAUUCCAGCUUCAUUGGAACGCACUUGGGGGGAAAAUCUACCACGCCAUGGGCUUGCCGUACUUGCCACGGCUACUCGUAUACUUCUUGGUGAGUUUGGCCACGACGGCAUUUGUCGCGGGCGUCCUGACGUUGGUGGCCAUGUGGGUGGACUGUUGUCGAGGCAACCACGGGCGCGGUGGUGGGUACCACAACGAUUGCUAUUGCCCUGACGUCGACUGCCGCGGGUGCGACGGAGAGUUUGCCGGAGUAUUCUUGGUCCUCGUCAUCGUUGCGAUCGUUUUUGUCGGGGUGUUUGUCUUGUUCACAACGAUCGUCGGUGGCGUCGGCAAUGCCGUCGACAGGCAAGGAGCCCAGCGCGUCCGCGUCUUGGAGACGAAGCUUCAACGCGUGAAAAACCUGCGGCCGAUCGCGUCCACCUCGGAUCUAUCAUCUCGCUCAAGCGACAACGUAACCAGCGGCAUGCCCGUGGAAACGCUAGUGUAACGAGACCCCCACGCGGUGGCGCCGUGCCACUGAAUCCUUGUUUUCAAUGCUGACAUGAUAAGUUGAUCGGA